UACACCCCCGCGGGCAGCAAAAGAAGCAAAGCACCAGAGGAGCGGAGCUCAUCCUCAUCAUCAGAGUUCGACCUGACUCGGCUUUGGGACCUUAGGGAUGGAUUCAGCAGAGGAGGUAAGAGGAACCCGUUGACCCGAUCGCUGGUGUUCCUUCCUGCCCGGCCCGAAGCCCUCUUCGAUGUGUUGAAAUCCGUACGCCUGAGCUGAUAGCCAGAGGGUUGACGAGGAGGAGUAGGAGACGACGACGACGAAGGAUAAGGAAGGAGAAGAGCGAGAGUUCGAUACGAGAGGCAUUGUGGAGUGCCUUCUUCGCUGCCGCCAGCUCCUCCGCGCCUGGUUGAUUCAACGAGCCCGCAGUGGACUUUAGAAAAUGAGGAACGCUAAGGAAGAGGCAUCUAGUAGUGCUGCACAAGCCAUUGAGCUGAUUUCAGCAGUUAAGGAGUUGCAAAGGCUUAGCUCUCAGGAGCUUAAUAAAUUAUUGAGGGAGUCUGAAAAUUUUACAGUUCACUGCCAAGCUGAAAAUGGACUUGUCAUAAAGGUUGAUAUGGAAAAAUUUGUCGGUCUUCUUCCUCUGCACCUUAUGGCUGUGUUAGUGUCAGUUGAAAGAGAUCAGGCCCUGUUCAGAUAUUUUUUAUGUGGUCUAAGACUUUUGCAUUCCUUAUGUGAACUAGCACCUCGACAUAACAAGAUUGAGCAGAUUUUGCUGGACGAUGUUAAACUAUCAGAACAAUUGAUUGAUCUUGUAUUUUAUUCGCUCAUUGUGCUUAGUGGAUACAAGCAGGAAGUAAAUGAUUCAGGUGCCAUGCCUCUCUUACAUUCGGUACUGGUAGCUUGCAGUCUACAUCUCUUGACAGGAUUUAUAUCCUCGCAGUGGCCAGAUCUUGUGCAUGUAUUGCUUGCACAUCCUAAGAUUGAUAUUUUCAUGGAUGUAGCCUUCCGAGCAGUUUGUGUAGUCUGUAGGUCUCUUUCAAUCAAGCUGUCUGGUCAACAUACUGGUUUUUGUGUUCCAUCAGACUUGACGACUGAGCAAAUAAUUAAGUAUCUUUGCCAGCAAUGUGAGGCGUCCUUACAAUUUCUUCAUUCAUUAUGCCAGCAUAAGACAUUUCGUGAGCGCCUCUUGAGAAACAAGGAAUUGUGUGGUAGAGGAGGUGUCCUCAUACUGGCCAGAACUAUCCUGAAGUCAGAAAUAUCCCCAUCUUUCAGUGGGUUCUGCAAGGUUAUAGCUGCAACAUCUAGGUUGAAAGCUAAAGUGUUAUCAAUUCUUUUGCAUCUUUGUGAAGCAGAGAGCGUUUCAUACUUGGAUGAAGUUGCACUCUGUCCUGGAAGUCUUGAUCUUGCAAAAUCAGUAGUAAGAGAGGUUCUGAACCUUCUCAAGAGUGCAGUUGGCAAAGGUUACAAGGAUUCCGGUUUACCUUCAGACCGGAGUUGCCCGUGUGGGCUGUUGCAGCUCAAUGCUAUGCGCCUGGCGGAUAUUUUCUCUGAUGAUUCGAAUUUCAGAUCCUACAUCACAACACUUUUUACCGAAGUUCUGACUGCAAUAUUUUCCAUCUCUCAUGGUGAUUUUUUAUCCUGUUGGUGUUCUUCUGAUCCCCCAGUGAGGGAAGAGGAUGCAACUCUGGAGUAUGAUUCAUAUGCUUCAGCUGGAUGGAUGUUGGAUGUGACUUCAGCAUCAUCACAUACUGUUAGCGAAAAAAACUUGGAAUUUGGGUUGGUCCCUAGUAACCUUCCCCAGGCUUCAUAUGCACAUCAGCGAACAUCUCUAUUUGUGAAGAUAAUUGCGAAUCUCCACUGCUUUAUUCCCAGCAUCUGUGAGGAGCAGGAGAGAAAUCUGUUCCUUCGCAAGUUUCUGGACUCCUUGCUGGGUAAUGUAGCUCCAGGAGUAUCUCAUGCUAACCGAACUGAGAAGGCUUCCACUGUUUGCACAAAUCUUCGUUCAUUGUUGAGUCAUGCUGAAUCUUUAAUUCCUACCCAUUUGAAUGAGGAAGACGUACAGCUUUUAAGGGUCUUCUCCAAUCAAUUGCAUUCGUCUCUGGUCGAAGAAAAUGGAGUCAAGUUUCAGGACAGCAAACAUGGUGGGCCAGCAUCUUUGGAUACCUUUGCAAAACUCAGAAUAGAUGAUCAUCAGGGGGUUCAAAGUUCAGCAGGAUGCUCCAAUGUACUUAGUAGUAGGAGUAACAAGAAAGAGGGACUGUCUGUCAAUUCGGCUUUCCAGAGUUUGGAUAAUUUUUAUGUCAGAAACAAGCAUUCGGGUGAGGACGAAGGUAAAACUGGUGACAGUGGGGUAGGAGUAUCAAGAGAGCCUGAUAAGGAUGUUCAGAUCAUUGAAACAAGUGGUUCUGAUUCAAGUUCGGUGAAAGGGAAAAAUUCCGUUGAUCAAAUGGAGAAUGGUGAUUCUGCAAAGCCGGGCAGGCGUAAGGGAAGUAGGUUGGUGGGAGUUCAGGAGGAUGACAAGGUUGAAAGUACUCAGGGUGAAGAGAAACAGCGGAAGAAAAGAAAGCGCACCAUUAUGAAUGAAGAGCAGAUAGCAAUGAUUGAGGAAGCUCUUGUGGAUGAACCGGAGAUGCAGAGAAACGCAGCUCUGGUUCAAUCAUGGGCCGACAAAUUGAGUUCUUACGGCUCUGAGGUGACGAGUUCGCAGCUGAAAAACUGGCUAAACAAUCGCAAGGCAAGGCUUGCCCGUGCUGCUAAAGACACUCGAGCACCACCCGAGGUCGAGAACAAUGCACGGGACAAGUCCGAGUCACCGGAGAGUCCAGCUAUAAAUGAGUCGUAUGUCUCGUCUGGCUCCAGAGGACGCCCAAGAAGUGCUUCAAGAAGCGCCACUGAGAAAACCGAAACCUUCUCAAGGUUUGAACCUGGGCAGCAGGUUGCCCUCGUAGAUUCACAUGGGGAUGAAGUCGCCAAAGGUGCUGUGGUCCAGGUGCGGGGUUCAUGGUUCGAUAGGAGCCUAGACGAGAUGGAGACAUACGUUGUGGACAUCACAGAGCUCAAAGCUCGGAGGUGGCUCAGGCUUCCUUACCCAUCCGAAGCAACAGGCAACUCUUUCGAUGAGGCAGAAGCAAAGCUCGGGACGAUGAGAGUUUUGUGGGAUUCAAAUAAAAUACUCAAUCGACCCAACAAGUGAGACCUUAAAUUUUGCUCGGAGUCCAUAAGGCACUCCGCAUGUAGCUUCAAGUGUUUUAACUAGAGCAGGAACAUAGAGUUAGGCUACUCAUGUAAGUUGAUUUGCCCCAUCUUUCGAAUAAAGUUCUUCAUCCUCAUCAGCGGAUUGCUCA